AUGGACAGCAUAAUCCCGGAAGACAUUGUCUUGAACUGCGAAGAUGGGAUUCGAUUAGUGGGUCAAAGAUUUCGUAAUUUUGACCCAUCUCAUGAAUCACAAAAGGUACAAACAUCACCACUACGUACCAUCCGUAUUCUAGGUUGGCAUGGAUGGCUGGACAACUGCCGUUCCUUUGGACGACUCGGGCCAUCACUUUUGGCCUCGAUUUCGUCUUCUCCCGAUGCUCCUCGUGUGGACUUGGUAGUCUUGGACUUCCCAGGACACGGUAAGAGCUCCCACAAGAGCCUUGAUGGAGCGAGUACUAUCUUGAUGGACUUAGUUUACUAUGUGCACGAUGCGAUUCACCAGUUGCAUUGGCAUGACGAGAAGGGUGAUGACGCCUAUGUUCCUCCAGCUUUGAUUGGUCAUUCGAUGGGCGGGGCAGUCUCCCUUCUGUACGCAUCUGCCUUUCCCACAUCCAUGCUCAUCUUGCUGGAUUCGCUGGGCCCACAUACCAAGAAGGCAGCAGACGUUGUCAGUAGUUUUCAAAAGCACGUCCAGCAGCGUCUUAAGGGCAAGCCGCCAUCCUCGACCUAUCCAAACCUGGAGAAUGCCAUUGCCACUCGCUGUGCCACCGCCAAAGCCUUUCCAGGGAAUCAAUAUAUCUCGCAAGAGACUGCGAUAGAGUUAGUGACUUGGGCCAGUAGCAUCUUGCCCGACGGAAAGCUACAAUUCCACCACGAUCAACGAGUCAAGUGGGCCUCCAUGUUGUCACUGACCGACGAGCAAGUGCAUCAGCUUUAUCAGGACGUGGCAGCUUCUAACACGAAAACAUGUUUGUUGCUCGCCAAGGAUGGUAUGCCCUUUCCCCAAGCAGCAAUUGCAAAUGUGAAAGAGUUGUUAAAACCAGCAGUCUGCGAAACGCUUCCAGGCAGUCACCAUUUCCAUGCUGAUCCAGAUACGUCGCAAGGCGUCGCCAAUCAAAUUGCAACCUUUCUACUGCAUGCAUGUAAUUGA